UUUCGCUGCUCAUGUUACUUUUGAGUUCUCAUGAAAACCCAAUGUACCAUGUGUUUUAUCACGUGUUAUCAUUAAGUUCAACCAUUCUCAUCCAUUCUCCAGCUGGUGGAAGCAUGGACCCUCCUGAACUUCCAGCACUUCUCGGCUCAAGCAUCGUAAGCAUUGUGUGGUUCCACCACCCCAAAUGGACGCCGUUUCGACUUCUGCCUGAUUCCGCCCAGCCUCCGACGGCGAGCCUGGACCUUUGUCGCCCGCGGCCCCAUGUGGCCGGCCACGCUUCGGCGCCCUGCGCAGCGCUGCGCAGCGCCGCGAGGCAUGCGAGCCGCGCGAGGCGCUGCAGGCGAGUCCGACCUCGUCUCCCACGACGGGCGCCAGCUGCGCUUUGGCUACCGACCGCUGCAGCGGUGGGAGCGCUGCGCCACAUUGAUGGCCAGUUUUGCGCUGCUGGGUUUGCUGGCGCGCGCCCGGCAAAGCCCCUGGCAGCGUGCGGCCCGAGUGCUGAGUAGCGGGCGAAGCCAUUGGCUUGUUUGGAGUUUGAGCGCCUUGUGGAUUGUGGGCUCCGCCUGGGCGACCCACGCGGUGCUGAAGCUGUGCGCCGUGAUGUGUUUUGCGCGGCCCAAGCUGCUGCCUCCGGAGUCCAUCCUUCCUUCAGCCUCGAGUUCGAUCCGACAUCUACCAGGAAAGGUCGCGGUGCAUCUGCUGCGCCGUCCACCUGACUCCACUGAAGAUGUGAUGCCUGUACUUUGCUUCCAUGGUUUCGGAGCCAAUGCCACAUCGUAUGAGGACUUGCUCGACGCGCUCAUGGCUCAACUGCCCAGUGCAUUGCUCUUGUGCCCAGACCAAGUGGGCUUUGGACUGACCAGGAGACCGUCCUUGGAGAUCCACCGCCAGCUGCGGCGCAAUGAUCUGCCAGCCCAUUUGCUGAGGCCUAAGGACCAAGCAAGCGCGCUUGACAGCCUCACUCCCUUGCAGAUGUACACACUCAGCGGCAAUGCAGUGAUUGCCAAUGCCCUCCUGAACUCUGAACCGCUUCUGCCCUCGGGCCCUUCGUCGCUGCUGGUGAUCGGCCACUCCAUGGGGGCGAUCACGGCGGCGGCCGUGGCUGUGAGCCAGGCGCGCCAGGGCACUGUGGUGAAUCUGAUCCUUGAGAGCCCUGCCUUCCUCACCAACCCCACCAAGCACCUCAAGUCCUCCACGAUUGGGGCAGUCACAGCCCUGUCUUUGCGUUUCCAGAGGGCCUUUCUACGCCUGGUGCUUCAACUGCCGGGGCUGACCUACAACAGGUCACUGAAGCGCACUUUCCUCCUCCUCUCGCCUGCUCUCGACGCUUUCCUCUGUGCGCUCUUCUCUCAUGCGCGAGAACAGAGGCGCUUCUGGGAACGUGGCCUCUCGGUGGCCUCGCAACUGGACGGCGAGGCUUUGAAGCGCCAGGUGCUGCGGUACCGCUGGCCCAGCCUUUCAGUGCGCUGGGCCUACGGUUUGUCCAAUUUCGUGACGGCGCGGCUGAUCACCAUGGAGGAUGCGCUGGUCUUGCACGAGUUGAUCGAGGCAUCCAUGGAGGGCAAUCUUCGAGUGCUGAUCGUCACCGGAGAUCAGGACAAAGUGGUUCCUGUCGGUCGAAGCAAGUUCCUCCAAAAGCUUUUGCAGUGCGAUUUGGAGCUCAUCGAGGGCUGUGGGCAUAUUGCUCAUGAAGAAGAUCCAGAGCGCUUUGCUGAGCUCGUCGCCCGUUUCCUGAAGGCUCAGGCCAUGGAGACAGACGGCCUCUCGGGUAAAAAGGAGCUGAGCACAAGCGGCACGAUGUGAGCAAGUGCAUCUCUCUUGUGGGUUGCGUGGUCGAUCAGAUAUCUCAUGUCCGCACUUCAGAUCGCUUCGUUGAUCUUUAUUCCCUUCAGUUCCCUGCGACAACAUCCAUUCGCUUCUUUC